AUGGUGAAAUCUUUGGCUGGCCUUACGGGCGAGAACAUCGCCAAAAUCGCUUACGCACAACAUUCUAUCUCGCCGUCGGGGAUGGGUGCGGUGUGCGAGGUGCUGAUUUAUGUCUUUCUUGCUAUUUGUACGAUCGUUGUUGGGCUUAGAGUCUAUGUUCGGAUGUUCAGAGUGCAGAACGAUGUCAAAUGGCGACUGAACGAUUACUUGGCAGUGGCUGGAUUUCUCCCAUAUAUUCCAGCAGCAGUCCUCGGAGCUUUAUCAGUCCACUAUGGCGUCGGCGCUUCAGACGCGUAUCUCAACCACUACGAAAUGCGAAACUUCAUCACGGUUCGCGGCAUGGAAUAUCUGAUCUUCUACGAGCUCAUCUACUACGCCUCCUCGACGAUAACGAAAUUCGCCAUCGCAGUCACGAUCCUCUACAUUUGUGUGGAGAGGCGAUAUAAAUACAUAAUGUACGGGAUCAUGUGUAUCAUGACCGUCACGGCUGUAAUUUGCGUGGUCUGGUUCUUUGUGAACUGCGUUCCAUUUCAAACCUACUGGAAUCCUGGCGCGGGCAAAUGCAAAUCUGCAAAUGGAUUCUUGUACCUCAGCUACAUUGGUACAUCUGCGCAGGUGGCUAGCGAUUGGGCCUGUGCAAUGACACCUUUCUUCAUCGUCUAUUCGUUACAGAUGCCGACGCGGAGUAAGCUCGCAGUCGUGGGAAUCCUGGGGCUUGGCUUGCUUGCUAGUAUUGCUGCCCUUAUGCGCAUGAUCUCGUACAAGUACAUCGAAAUACGAAAAUACCCUCAUGAUCACAUGGAGGCCCAAGGUCGACUACUUUUCUGGUCACUACUAGAAUCCAGCCUCGCUAUUAUUGCUUGUUCAUUGCCGUCGCUCAAGGUGUUUGGUACCUGCUUAGCCAAGACGAUGACUCGCUCCAAAGGGACAUCCAGACCAAAAUUGGAAUAUGUUGACCAGACUCCAAUGCACUCACUUAGCCCUCACGGACAUGCAAGGACUACGGUAUCAAUAAAGGGUAAUUGGGAUAGACUUCAUGACGAUGACUCAAGCGGACGACAUAUCAUGGUGGAGAGUCAAAUUCACAUUGACACUAGUUCUCGGCGAGGGUCGUCUACAGCGCACAGUAUUGUCUAA